AGUUACUUCUAUCGCCACCUAUGAACGCAAAUGUCAAUUAAUAUUUCUGAGAAUUCGAUAUAAUUCGAUAUAUCGUUCAAUGACAAAGACAAAAGAGAUCACUGUACAAAACAUGCUUCUAUAUCCAUAUAUAUUUAAUAUAUAAAGAAUGAAAAAUAUGUUUAUUAACAAUAUAAAUUAUAUUUGAUAUAUGUACUUAAAAAUAAGAACGAACAACACGACCUUCAAUAGCCGUGAUCGUCUAGUGGUUAGGACCCUACGUUGUGGCCGUAGUAACCCAGGUUCGAAUCCUGGUCACGGCAAUGUGAAAGAGCUUUUAAUUGUUGUUCUAUAUAAGUGUGGUGUUUUUUGUGUUAAAUCUAACAAAGUACAAUUAUUUACUUCCGUUAAAUUCAAGCACCCUGAUGCGUAUAAUUAUGAUAAAGUACGUUUCGAAAGAGGAAUAAGAAAAUUUGACUUCGGUUUGGUUGAAAAAAAUCGGGUUACACGUGGUAUAUUAGGAUCUAAAAACCAUCUAAGAUCAGGUGAUGCCCAUCAAAUUGCACAUUAUUUCCUCACUGGAGGACCCUUGAAAGGUCAUGCUCACUUUACAAGAGAAAUAAACUGUGAUUCAAAUAAUACUGAAAGCAAUGUAGUUGGAAUGAGCAAUCCAGAAAGUAAAAAUGAUACAGAUUCGUCUAUAAGUGAUACAGAUUCGUCUAUAAAUGAACAAAAUUCAAAUGGAAAUGUGUCUGAUCCCAUUACUGGAGCUCAAUUACCUCAAUUACCUCCAUUACCACCACAUAAACCUAUAGUUCAACCACCAAAUUUGUAUAAACCUCCUAAAUUACAUCCAAGUUUAAACACAUUAAUUCCUAAUCCACAUACACCUAUCCAGCAUACUUUCUUAGGUUCUAUUCUCCACCCUCGUUUACACCCACAUAUUAGCGCGCUACACACUAUUCCUAGUGCUUUAAUGAAAGCAGCUAGUAUGCCAGUACAUGGUUUAUUACAGGCACAAUCACAUCUACAUGAUAUUUUACAACCCCAUGGACUAGUUGGAAGUCCUAAUCUUCUUGGAAGUCCCAAUAAAACAUCAAAACGUGCGAAAGCUAAAAUGCAUUCUAUGAAUAAUUUCAUAUAUUUAAUGGGGCAACCACCUAUUGUAGGAGCAUCCCUAAACAACUUUGAUCAUAAAGCUGCAGAAUCAAAUGAAAGAUCCUCUCCAUUCCCCACACAUCCUCAACCUACUGGAUAUAUUGUACGUUAUGUACCCCACAACAAGACAUCCGAAUCACUAACUCCUAUUAGUACACCACAAACUUCUGAUGAUAGCCCAAAUUCAGAAGAAAAUGUAACAAUUUCGGCUGAUAACAACAAUCAAGAUGCAGAUAAAGAUGAAUGAUUACAAAUACAAAGUGAGAACAGUAAUGGUUAACUGACAAAAACAAAGUGGAAAUGAAACUAUGAUAAAACAGACACAAGAAGACUAUUGAAGUUUCAAAGGAUGUACAACACAUACCAUAAUCUGAAACAUUAAAGAACUGUAUUAAAUAUUUAUAUGUAUGGAUAUACAAUUUUCAGUACUAGUUUAAAAUU